UAUUUUGCUGGACAUUUUUACAUUUUUUGCUAACAACGCAUAAUUUUGCAUUAAAAAAUGGGUGAUCACUCCGAUUUGGGGUUCAAAGCUGAAUAUGCAAAAAGUAGUCGAGCGUCCUGCAAAGCCUGUAAAGGUGGCAUCACGCAGGAUAGCUUGAGGCUAGCUAUAAUGGUGCAGUCACCUAUGUUCGAUGGGAAGAUUCCAAACUGGUUUCAUUUCAAAUGUUUUUGGAAACGAGCUCGCUGCGGUGGCACCCAUGAAAUCUACGGCUAUGAUGGCCUUCGAUGGGAAGAUCAGCAGAAAAUCAAGGAGCAACUUGGAGGUGAGGGUGGGGCAGCUGGGGAUGCAGGAACCAGUGGCAUACCAGUCUCUGACUUUACCACUGAGUAUGCCAAGUCUGGGGCCGCCAAGUGCCGGGGAUGUGAGGACAAAAUUGCCAAGGGUGAAGUGCGAAUAUCAAAGAAGGACUAUGAAAGUCAGCGUGCGGUGAUGUAUGGACCAGUAGACUUGUGGCACCAUGUAGACUGUUUUGUGGACAAUCGUGAUGAGCUUGGCUUCUCUACAGACAUGAACCCAGACAAGAUAAAAGGAUUUCAAGGUCUUAAGAAGGAAGAUAAGGACACGCUGAUAGAGAAGCUGGGAAAGGGUGAAAAAAGUGCUGCAGGUAAAAAGAGGAAGGGUGAGGAGGCGCAGGGUUCUGGUGGGAAGAAGAAGAAACAGGAAGAGACAGCGGAGGAGAAGGCUCUCAAGGAACAGAGUCAGCUGUUAUGGAAGUUUCGAGAUGGCCUCCAGCGGGAAGUCAACAAUUCAGCCCUCAAAUUGCUAUUGGAGCUCAAUAAACAGGACAUUCCCGCCGGAGAGAGCAAGCUGCUGGACCGUGUAGCAGACUGUAUGGCAUUCGGGGCCAUUGAGAAGUGUCCCGAGUGUAAGGAUGGUCAGCUUGUGUACAUGGCUGAUGGGUACAGAUGUACUGGCAACAUGACAGAGUGGACAAAGUGUAUCCACAAGACCAUGACACCCAAACGCAAGGCUUUCAAAAUACCCAAAGAAUACCAUGAUGCAGAAAUCUUGAAGAAGUACAAAUAUGUAAAACGGGACCGAGUGUUUCCUGCAGUGACGGCACGGACCACAGAGGGACCAGUCAGCUCUUCGCUGGAUUCCGUAGAUGGCGCAGUGAACUUUCACCCGCUGGAGGGGAUGAAGUUCUUGCUGUCAGGCAAGUUCACCAAGCCCAAGGCGGAGAUUGUUGCCAUGGUAACCAGGAUGGGUGGGACUGUGGUCACUAAGUGUGACAAAAAGACCACGGCCGUAAUCAGCACUAAAGAUGAGGUAGACAAGAAGAGCAAGUCUAUCAAAGAGGCGGAGUCAAUGGAUGUACAUGUUGUAGAUGAGACAUUCCUGGAGAAAGUCACCAAGGGCGGGGCUGCCCUCCUUAUCACUCAACACAGCAUAGCUACAUGGGGGUCAGAUCCGGAGAAGAGAAUAGCCCUGACGGCUGUAACAAAGAGCAUUGGAAAGAGCAAAGGUGUCUCAAAGAGGGAUGAGACCAUGUUCACCAAGAAUCUGCCUGACAAGCUGAAGAUGACCGUGAAGGGAGGUGCAGCUGUAGAUCCAGACUCAGGUGUGGCAGACAAGGCCCAUGUGAUCCAGGAUAAGGACGUCAUCUACAAUGCUGUCCUAGGAUUGGUCGAUGUCGUCAAGGGAACUAACUCUUACUACAAGAUACAGGCCCUAGAGGGAGACAACAAAUCCCUGUGGUGGGUGUUUCGAGCCUGGGGUCGGGUGGGCACAACAGUCGGGGGCAACAAGGUAGAGAGAUUUGGUUCCCGUGCCAACGCCAUCGAGCACUUCAAGGGGCUGUAUGGUGAGAAGACAGGUAACGCUUGGGAGGACAGGAAUGACUUCAAGAAAUACCCCAACAAGUUCUAUCCCCUGGAUAUUGACUAUGGAGCGGAUGAUGCAGGUGAUGUGAAGAAGAUCAGUAUGAAGGGUUCCAAGUCUAAACUUCCCCCGUCCGUCCAGGACCUCGUGUGCAUGAUCUUUGAUGUGGAGAGCAUGAAGAAGGCCAUGAUGGAAUUUGAGAUUGAUUUGAAGAAAAUGCCCCUGGGAAAGUUGUCGAAGAAGCAGAUCAAGUCAGCAUAUGCCGUCCUUACAGAAGCUCAGAAGCUGGUUGAGGAGAAGGGUACGCCAACUAAGAUUCUGGACGCUAGUAAUCGUUUCUAUACGCUCAUUCCUCAUGACUUUGGCAUGAAGAAACCACCCAUGCUGGACACCUCUGAUAUUAUCAAGACAAAGACAGAAAUGCUGGAUAACCUGCUGGAAAUUGAGGUUGCAUACAGCAUGUUGAAGGGUGGAGAUGAAGGGGAGGACCCUAUCGACAGCCAUUACAAGAAGUUGAAGACAGAGAUUGUGCCCCUUGAACCUGGGGAAGAGUAUGAUCGCCUCGUUACCUAUGUAAAGAACACGCAUGGUGCCACCCACACCAUGUACGAGCUCGAUGUUGAGGAGAUAUGGAAGAUAAAGCGUGAGGGAGAGUUUGGGCGCUACAAGCCAUUCAGGGACCUGCCCAAUAGGCAAUUACUAUGGCAUGGCUCCCGAACUACAAACUUUGGAGGUAUUCUGUCACAGGGUCUUCGGAUUGCCCCACCAGAGGCACCUGUGACUGGUUACAUGUUUGGGAAGGGCGUGUACUUCGCAGACAUGGUAUCUAAGAGUGCCAACUACUGCCGCACCUCCAAACAGGAACCCAAGGGCCUCAUGAUGCUGUGUGAGGUCGCUCUGGGAAAUAUGUAUGAGUGUACCAGAGCAGAAUUUGUCAACAAACUUCCUAAGGGGAAACACAGCUGCAAAGGUAUUGGGUCAACAUGCCCUGACCCUGCAGGCUCCUAUGUAACCCCAGAUGGUAUGGAAAUACCCAUGGGGAAGGGCAUGCAGGGAGGGUACAAGGGGCAAACCAGUUUACUGUAUAAUGAGUUUAUAGUGUAUGACGCUGCACAGAUCAACAUGAAGUACAUGUUCAAGAUGAACUUCAAAUAUAAGUGGUAACUCUGGAAAGCUGUACAAAUGGUUUGAGACUGUUAAAAUCCAUAUUACUGGUAAACAUUGGAAUUGUGGCUUGAGACUGUUAACAGAUUGGAAAUCCAGCCUUCAUGAAUCAGAAUGUGUAAUUAACCCAUUACUGAUAUAUAUCCUUUAAAUUCCAAUACAAUCCUUUAGGUGUGUCAUUUUUGUAAUGGUCACAUGUUGUUGUUUUAGAGAACUGCGUUGUGAUCAAACAAUAUAGUUAUGUAGUGUAUUAGUCUGCACAACCCAUGUCCCGACACGAUCAUAAUGACCAACAUAUCUGUCCUACUUUUGGCAUAUAUUUUUGUGAUGUGCGAUAGUGCUUAGUUGUGUUUAUUUCAUGCAUUGCAUUGUUAAAAACCAAGCAUUUUUCAACCAAUUAUAAUGGUUUAUGGCACUGUUGUAUAAUUUCUCUAGUAUUAAAGUGAUUCAUCAUUUUGUAUCAUUUUAUGUGGUUGCUACUUUAAGGGUAUAAGGAAUGUUUGGGUAUUAGGAAUGUGUGUUUAUUGAGUAGAAUGAUUCUUGAUUUCAAUACAUUGUUUUGUUCACGUCUCUUCUUUUUAAUCCUAAACCAUGUCAUCAUUGUAUUUGGCGUAAGGUCAGUUGAACCAUCUAAAUUUAAUUUAACAAUAAACAUCUUUUCAGUAAUAUUUAAGUUGCUUUAUCGUUUGAAUGCUGGCCAUUCUAGGUGUUUGUUAUUAGUAAGAGUUAAAGUUUUUGGAAUGUAUGAAUUGGAGGAAUUCAAAAAUUGUUAAGAACUUGUUUCAUCUUGUUGUAAUGUUUUUUUAUUGUUUUUGUUUUAUGUAAAUAGCAUGAAUGCAUGUAGAAGUGGGGAUUUUAAUCUGACUAUCCACAAUAACUUUUUACUUGCAUAACCAUCACCUAUUAGAGUUCUCGUUAGAAUGUUUUUGAAUAAAAAAAGAUAAAACAGUUCA